AUGUCUUUUCUGAGGAAAUUCAUUAAAAUCAAUAAUAAUAUACCAAAGGAUCGGUCGCUGGACACCAACCAGGAUGAGUCCAUUAGGCGCAAAGUGGAUAGAAAACUGGCCAUGGGUAUGCUGGAUCUGGUUAAUCCGUUUGGUUUGACUAACAUAGUGGGGUCCGUAGUAGACAAAACAGUAUCCGGUUUGGAUCAAACCAUUAAGCAAGUGACCACCUUGGCAAAUAGUACUAUAACCGGGGAUCCGGAUAUAUUAAAUCUGGUCGACCCGUUAGGUUUAACUAAUAUGGUGGGUUCAGUUGUUAAUAAUACUCUCACCGGGGUCAACCAAGCCGUAACAAAUGCAUUAGACAUUGUGCCAACAACAUUUAUCGACAAACUUAUUUAUCAAGCAAAACAUUCAUCGAUUAGUGGUAUACCUAUUAUUGGAGAUGUAGUUAUGUCUUUUCUGUAUGCUAUU